AUGACUCAAGUCAACGUGAGCAGCUUCGACAUUUGGGCUGUGGGCAUCUGUGUCGUGAUCGGCGGGCAGUACUUUUCGUGGAACUUGGGGCUUGCCGCUGGGACGCUCAGCUAUGGCAUCGCCGUGGGGCUCAUGGGUUCGGCGUACCUGUGCCUGUCCUUGUCCAUGGCCGAGGUCACAAGCAUGGUGCCAUUUGCAGGCGGCGCGUACGGCUUGGGGCGGUGCACACUGGGAUACUAUGUGGGAUUUAUCCUCGGAUGUUGCGAAUUUCUCGAGUACAUCGUUUUUACGUGUCCGUGUCGGUGGUAA